GUACCACCUGCCUAUCCAUGUUUCUGUGGGGAAUAUAAACCCUCACAGCAAAAUCAUUUGGGAUUGCUGAGUAGAAGGCUGUGCGAUCUGUUUCUGAGCAGUCACCGUUAUUGCAGCUACACCACUGCAGUUGGACUGACCUAAAGAAAUUAGUGGAUCAUAGAUAGAGGUACAGAAUAAAUUAUUAUUGACAGCUUGACAGAAAGAAUGGAAGCCUUGGACAGAACUUCAGCAAAGCCUUCUGCAGCAGAAUUGAUGGAGAUCUUCCAAUCGCAGGUCACCCUUAUGCAGGACAAAACUACUGCUCUAGUCUUGAUGCACAGUCAACUGGAGCAGGCUUCCCUCUCUGGUGACGAGGAUGCCUUCUUUGUGGCGGACCUGGGGGAUAUUGUCAAGAAGCACCUGCGCUGGACGACGGCUCUCCCCCGUGUGCAUCCCUUCUAUGCAGUGAAGUGCAACCCCAUGGAAGCUGUGGUGCAGACACUGGCUAGGCUAGGAGCUGGGUUCGACUGUGCCAGCGAAGUGGAGCUUGAGUUGGUAAGGGGUAUGGGGGUCUUGCCGGAGAGGAUUAUUUAUGCUAACCCCUGCAAGCAGACCUCGCACAUCAAAAAAGCUGCCAGUUUGGGGAUCUGUGCCAUGACCUUCGACAACGAGGAGGAGCUCAUCAAAGUGGCCAGAGCCCAUCCAAAUGCCAAAAUGGUGCUACGAAUCGCUACAGAGGAUAGUGGAUCCAUGUUUCCCAUGAGCAUAAAGUUUGGAGCCUCCCUGGAGGAGUGUGGGCACUUGCUGAAGGUGGCUAGAGAGCUGGGUGUGGAGGUCAUUGGAGUCAGCUUCCAUGUGGGAAGCAAUUCCUCAGACCCCCAUUGCUUCAGCGAGUCUAUUGCCAAUGCUAGAGGUGUGUUUGAUCUUGGAGCUGACCUGGGACACGAGAUGGCAUUGCUGGAUAUAGGGGGAGGGUUUCCUGGAACUGACGAUUUUAUUGUAACAUUUGAGGAAUUUGCAAAAGUCAUCAACCAGUCGUUGGAACUACAUUUCCCAGCAGAGAGUGGGGUCAGAAUCAUCGCUGAGCCCGGUCGUUACUAUGUGGCUUCAGCCUUCACUCUCGCUGCCAACAUUAUUGGCAAGAAGUUUCUCCCUUGCAACAAGGAAACUUUUAAUGAUGAAGAGUGCGCCAAGUCUGUAAAGUACUACAUUAACGAUGGAAGAUUCGGUUCCUUUGAGAUGAUCUGUCAUAGCCACUUUACUGAGAUGGCGGUUCCAUACAAGCAGCAGAGUGCGGGGCAGCCCCUGUACUCCAGCAGUAUCUGGGGUCCCACCUGCGCAGCAGAAGAUGUCAUACUCAGACAGACUCAGCUUCCCGAACUGCAGGUUGGUGAUUGGCUAAUCUUUGAGAACAUGGGCGCCUACACGGUCUCACUCGGCACACAUUUCAACGGAUUUUCCGUUCCCAGAGUCCAUUUCUGCAUCUCCAGCAAAAUCUGCUGCUGUGUUUUGGAGAAGAAAAUGUCUGCAGUCUUGUUGUGAUUGCUCUGGAGGACUCUUUGGUCGAAGGCUGUCUGCUCCCCGA